UGUAGAACUAGCUUGGAGUUGCUGAUGGUGUCAUAGAAUUCGAAGAAAAUGAAAGCAGUGCCCAAAUACUCGGCACUCUCGAGAUUGCUGCUUUUGCUAGGUUUGUUGGUGUUCAGCAGUGUCGUCGCGCGAUCCAUCAAGAUUUAUUCCUCCGAAGAGGAUUAUUCCGCUGGCUACCAGCCGAAGAUUGUGUGCUACAUAUCGGCCGGCAACGAACAGUACGAUUACAACAGCUUGCGACCGGGCUUGUGUACCCAUUUCAUACUGAUCGAUCUGAUCGGGCUGAACAGUGAGGGGAAGUUACUGCUUUUCCAGAAAUCCAGUCGGGCGCUUAAAUACUUCCUCGAUCUGCGGAACCGCUUCAAACAUGUUGGUGAUCCCGCUCGCUUCAUCCUGGCGGUCGGAGGUGUUGGUCAGAAGUCGUCACAUUUCUCCCGGGCGCUGAGUUACGAUCCGAGCAGGAACACUGCGGUGGAUAACAUCGUGGCCUUCCUAACGAAGCACCGUUUCGACGGGGUUGAUAUAGCCUGGUUCUACCCGGGUCAGUACGGAGGCCGCAAGUGCGAUAAGCUGACACUGGUGCUGUUCCUCCGGGCGCUGCAGUCGCGGCUGCAAACGUACGACGCAAGUUUGUCGCUAACGGUUGGCGUGGAUCCGCGGGAUUUGGAAAUCAGUUACGAUGUGGCGAAGAUUGAUAAGUACAUAGACUUUGUUAACAUCUUAACUGGUGAUUACCACGAUCCACAGAAACCGUCACAUAUUUCUCCACUGCUACCGGGUGAUGGGAAAGAUCGACUGAAUAUCCAAAACAGUAUUAAAAGUUAUAUCAAGGCCGGGCUGAAUCCGCAGAAAACGGUUAUUCUACUCUCAAACUAUGGUUACCUUUACGAGCAGCGAUUAUGUUCAAAAACAGGCAAAUUUGUUCUGAAAAACGUCCAGCGACUCACCAAGCUGGGCGCCCGGGAGUUGAUUGAGCGAGAAAAUUUCCACAUCUCAUGGGACGAUUCUAGGCAGGUACCAUACGCGACCCUGGUUGACGGGAGUGGCAAAAAGUGGAUCACCUUUAACAGUGUAGAAUCGCAUCGCCGCAAGGCGGAAUUCACCCUGCUGAACCAACUCGGAGGAGUCGGUUCGUUUACGCUGGAUCAGGAUGAUUACGAGGGAUAUGCGAGCAGCGGAUCUUACCCGAUGCUUUGGGCGAUUGUUGACGUUAUACGACCCGAAGCAAGAGCUGCCAGCUACAAUCCAGCGGCGGCGUACAAUCCUAUCGAGAUUUGUCCCCACACGGGGAAUAUUUCACAUCCGACCUGUUCCUACUGCUACUAUGAAUGUCAGGAAGGCGUCCCUCCCGUAGAGCAAUCUCCGACUGUCCCCUCCAGUUCUGCCCCGACGGAUACAUCUUCAACGAAGACACCAACGAAUGCUACAGACCAACGGCGCCGUCGUCGCCGCCGCAACUGCCGUCUGAUGGAUUUGCUGAGGAAACCGAUGGCACCGGAGAAGCCGACUCCAGCUCCGUCGAGCAGAAAUCAACCACUGUUCCCAAUGCUGAACAGACUCCUGCCGCCGAGCCUCCGGAAUAGUCCGCCCGAGCCGCAACGUAGACCAGUUAAUAUGAAUUUGUUUAAUGUCAAUGUUUAUAGGAAUUAAAUUGUUUGAAAACAACCUAA